AUGGAGGACUCUGGUCGCAUCAAUGUGACCAUGACCGCUGGAGAGUACGAGCUCUUCAAAGAGGCUAAGAAGCGAGCGGCCUCUGAAAAGCAACAAACUACUGCCUCUAGGCCAAAAACGUUACCUGAGGUUUCCAAAGAGCCAGCUCACGCUUCAGGUUGGGGGUCCAAGAGGAAACAACCCCUAGAAUUUCCUCCUGCCUUCUAUAGGGAGCUGGGCCAGGGUUACUAUCAACCAGAGCCUAGAUACUACAGCCACAAGGAGCAACCCCAAGUUUCUGUGGAUGAAAAGAGGCUACCCAAAGGGUACCGACCCCCUUCUAUAGGGGAAUACGAUGGAAGUAAAGAUCCUGAAGACCAUCUCCGCAAGUUUCGGAACGCGGCUCUGCUGCAUCAAUAUAGUGAUGUCGUUAAAUGUCGAGUGUUCCUGAACACUCUAUCAGGCUUUGCCCAAAAGUGGUUCGAUGGGUUACCGCAUGGGUCCAUUACCUGCUUUUCUGACUUCAAGAUUGUGUUCCUGCGCCAUUUUGCCAGCAGCAGGAGGUAUCAAAAGAUGGACCAUUGCUUGUUCGCUCUCAAGCAAGGGUCCCCCGAGCCAUUAAGAAGUUACAUCAAGCGUUUUAAUCAAGUGGCCCAGGAUGUUCCUUCGGCCACAUCGGAAAUACUUAUGAGCGCCUUCUCCCAUAGGUUGACCGAGGGAGAGUUCUUUAGAGACCUCAUCAGGAAUCCCGUAAGGAAUUUCGAUGAGAUGCUGGAGAAGGUAACCAGCUACAUCGACGUGGAGGAAGUGCAGGCGGCCCGAAGGAAGGUAGAUAAACUGCCUCCCUCUACUAACAGACCGGAAAGAAGAGCGCCUCAACCGCCUACUCAACCUCUCCCAUGCGCUCGAGAUGCCCGACCAACUUUCCACCCCGGUCAGGAUGCCCGCCCGACUUUCCACCCCAGUCAAGAUGCCCGACUGGUGCCAUGCGUAGCUGUGGUUCAGGUUCCUCGACCUGGGCCUUGGGGACCGCGUUACUAUACUUAUCCCUGGUCGCACACUCACGCCACCAGUGAUUGUGUGCAAUUCAUGCAAGACUCUCGUCGUGUGGCUGAGCUGGGCCUACCACCUCCAGAGCUGGCGCCUCAAGUCCAGAGAAUGAUGGAGGAAAGACGCAACGCUGUGGGGCAAGCCGGCAGACCCCGAGCAGAGAAGGGAGGUCCUAGCAUGUCGUAG